UAUACAAUGGGAGCCCUGUAUUGGCAAUUGAAUGACAUAUGGCCGGCGCCCAGUUGGGCAUCCAUUGAACACAACGGCAAAUGGAAAGUCUUGCACUCGUAUGCCAUUCACUAUUUGGAUAACCAUUUGGUGUCUCCCUAUGAGGACAGGGAUAAGAGUUUAAAAGUAUCGUUUGUAAGGGACGACUAUUUAGGACAGUUGUCAUUCAAUUAUUCAAUCAAAGUGUAUAAGUGGUCACAAGCAAAUAACUUUAUGUUAUUAACUGAACCGAAAAACUCAAAACUCGUGAAACCAAACAUAAAACUAAUUGAUGUGAAGAAGACGUCGACUGAAGUGAACGAUAAGACAGUGUUUGAGUUGAGUCUCUCAUCGGAAACUGUGGCCCCGUUUGUAGUGUUGGACUUCAAAGCAAACUCUGGAAUUAGGGCUCAAUUCAUGGAAAACGGAUUCUUUAUAUUUGACGGAAAGAAGACCAUUCAAAUGCAAACGGAAUCCAAAAUCACCGAAAAGGACAUCAAAGAUAAUCUAACCAUUAAGACACUCACAGAUGUUGCUUAA